ACGUAAAGCGGUUCAUCGCGGUCCUCAGUAUUGUUCAUUGGUUCUGUAAUCGAAAGACUUCACAUUUUUUGCUUAUACAACUAUUAAGAAAUUUUGCGAAGCGCUCAACAUGUUGAUAAGUUGUUGAGUAAAGAUCCAAGAUGAAUGCAACAGGAAAAAAUGGGCCGGUGUUUAUCAAGACAUACAGUAAAAGAAUGCGAAAGGUUGAGCCUUGGUUCUCCCCUGACCUGAAGAAAGCAGCUUUCUCUUUUUCAAGCACUCCCUCAUCGGAUCAGUCCAUAUCAGAAAUCACACAUCCCAAGAAGCGGAGAGUAAGAGAAACAGGCUCCCAUGCCGCAAAGAGCAAAGGCAUGACUGCCAUAAAGGAGAAAGAGAGUGAUGAGGAAAACUACACGCCGUCCGUAUCAUCCCGAAAAAAGGUAAAUGCAAAACCAUCAGUAAGGACAACAGCUGCGAGAACUCAAACAACAAAGGCAAAACAAAAUAAACAAUUAAUCGUUUUCACUAGCAGUGAAAAUGAGGAUGAUGCCUUGAUGAUGAAGAAUAAAGUCCAUCCAAAAUCAUCUGCUGAUGAAUGUGCUGGUGCCAAGAAAGUAUUAGACCCUCCCCAUUUGGUCAGAUUUGUUACACAACGCAAAAGACCACCGGCAACUAUCCGAACUAAGAGGAUCUCUCUUGUUCUUCACCGCACGCUAGAUUCCUCGGAUGAUUUCCUCCCUUCAUUCUCCAAAAAUAAGCGUGUUGCAAGCAGAAGGCCAUUUGACAUGGAUAAACAUGACUCAAAGAAUCACGCUGCUCUCAAGAACCGCAAACGCUCACAGAAACGUGUGGCUCUAGCUGAGGUCUCUUUCAAUGAUAGCGAUGACCAGCAGCUCCCAAGUAAACGUCCCCUGCUAUCAAGCACCCCUUCCCUUGUCUGCAGACAGCUCCAAAACUUACCAGAUCCCUCCAUCAGUGAGAUCUCCUCCCUCAGCUUUGAUGAAAUGCACCAACCUACAGAAAACAACAACAGCCUUCAUAGUUUGAAGAGUGUCAAAGUUUGUGACCACACAGCACAGAAGAAGAAAAGUCAACAGCUCCCAAACCCAGGCAUCUCUUCUGGAGAGAGAGAGAUGGAGCAGAUGGAGGGAGAAGAGGAAGCAGUUGUGGAAGAACGAGCUGGGGAUGGAGAGAGGUAUCAGGGAAAAGAAGGAUGUGCUGAGGCCACAUCUGCACAGCCAAGCACAAGUUUUGGAUCUGUGUCACCACAGUCACACAUAAAAUCUUUAACAGAUGAGCUAAAAGAGAGGUGUCGCACAGUGGAUGUAACCAUAAUGCUAAAAAAAACAGAUGUCUCAGACAUGGCGCAAAGCUGCAGCAGGAAAGGGGAAGAGAAGAUUGCCUCAGUUUGUUUGGAGUCCUCCGUGGCAGCAACCACUCAGAACAGCAAAACCUAUGUAACCGUAUCAUCCAGCUUCUCUUCAAUAUCCAAAUCAUCACUCUAUAUCUCCUCCAGUUCUCUUUCCACUUCCCCUUUUCCUGGAGCAGUUUGCUCAAACCAGUCCCUCAUUGGGCGUCUUAAAGCUGAAUGUCUGUUAUCUUCCCUUGCUGUUAGAAUUCCACGUCUUGACUUGGGUGCAUAUCCUUCUGUCCACCAGGGGCCAACAAAAGCACCCUGCACUGAGUCCCCAUACACCUGUCGCAGGGAAAGUGCCACCUCUCCACCUUUUAAGGAGACGGGGAAUAUUAUCCUAAACAGUCCAAUAAAUAAUAGGACUCCCUGUAAUGCUGAAGCAGUUGUUCAACACUUGUCUGCAUCAUUCCAACUACCUCCGGUCUCUCCACCUGCCUCUGCAGCUCAUAGCAAAACACGACCAUCUGCUGUGCCUAAAGAACGCACAGGUGCUGGUUCUGGCACCGGUCGUAAAGUUUGCGUGAGUGGACUUAAUGUCAGCCGCUGGUCAAAGAGGGGUACUGGAGAAUUCAAUGGAAAGCGCAAGAAAAAGGAAGGGCGAACAAAGGCUGUAUCAGGAGACUACAGUUCCUGUUGCAGCUUGUUGUCUGCUGGAGCUGACGCUUUUGCAGGGGACUCAACAUGCGGCUGGCUGCAGGGCACCAGUGGGAUUGGUCUGGCUGUGACACCUCUCAGAAUGGAGCAAAUGAAUCUGUCUUCCAUCCUGGCCAACUUCACUCCUGACACACUCACAACACACUCCUGGGGCCGACUAAAGGCAGCACUGUCCCUGCAUAAGAAGAAAACUGCAUUUCCCACCCCUCGACGCUUGGUUCAGUCUCAUUUGAAGUCCCCAGGCUCUAGGUUUCCAGCUGAAAACAGUCUUGACCUGUUUGGUUCCCCUGUCUGCACACCAUCCAGAUUCACACCUUCACGCAUGCUCCGGUCCACCAUGAACACCCCCAUGAUUUCAUACGACGAAGAUAUAAGUGAUGCAGAAAAAGUGUAUCAGGAAUGUCAGCAGAGCGGCCCACUUUCCUUCAGUGACUGUAUCCCUCCAGCUCGCAUGAAACACUGCAACAAGAUCGGAGAAGGGACAUUUGGAGAGGUCUUCUCAACCAUAAAUGAGUCCAACGAGACUGUUGCUCUCAAAAUCAUCCCAGUAGAAGGCAGUCAGCAGGUCAAUGGUGAACACCAGAAAACAUUUGGUGAAAUCCUCCAUGAAAUCAUCAUUUCCAAAGAGCUGAGCAGCCUUAACACGAAGGAGUUUAACAAGACAGACAGUUUCAUUGGGCUCAACAAUCUAUAUUGUGUUCGUGGACGCUAUCCGGAAGCUCUGCUCAAAGCCUGGGACAAGUUUGACCGCCAGAAGGGAUCUGAGAAUGACAGACCUGAUUUCUUUGAUGACGAGCAGCUGUUUUUAAUCCUGGAGUUUGAGUUUGGAGGGAGUGAUCUAGAGAACAUGAAUGGAAAGCUAUCUUCCAUGGUCCAGGCCAAGAGUGUUCUACAUCAAGUCACUGCAGCUUUGGCUGUAGCUGAGCAAGCGCUGUGCUUUGAACACAGAGAUCUUCAUUGGGGAAACAUCCUGGUGAAGAACAUUAAGCACAAGCACAAUGAGUUCAUUCUGAAUGGAAUAGUGCAUUCCAUAGAGACACGAGGGGUUCACGUCAACGUUAUCGACUACUCACUCUCACGCCUGGAGAUCGAUGGACUGACGGUGUCAUGUGAUAUAUCUAAUGAUGAGGAGUUGUUUAUGGGUCAGGGAGAUUAUCAGUUUGAAAUCUACCGUCUAAUGAAGAAAGAAAACAAUAACUGCUGGUCCAACUAUAAUCCUCAUUCCAAUGUGUUGUGGCUGCACUAUCUGGCUGAUAAACUGUUGAGCAUGAAAUACAAAAGCAAAGCCCAGAGCAACCAGCAGAGGACACUGAAGAGCGCCCUCAAAUCUUUCCAGUCAGAGAUACUCAAUUAUCCGUCAGCUACAGAAGCUCUUAUGAACUGCAAAUUAUUUCAGUGAAACGUUUAUGUUUUAAUUAACACAAUAGAUAGACCUGUAUAUUUUGAAUGACCAGUCCAGGGCAAGUACAGUAUUCUAAUGUUCUGUAAAAAGAUAUUAAAAACAAAUAAAGAAAAUGCAAUCAUGCAAUUAAAAAAAAAAAAAAAAUGUAAUUUAUUGAUAUACAUUAAUUAUCUUGAAAUAGUUACAGUUUUGGCAUAGUAUGGCAAAACCAGCUGUUCUUGCAUUCUCAUUUUUGUUUAUUAAGAAAAGUCUCAGCGUUCCACACCACAUUUCCAGCAAUCCAGAAUUGGCAGUUCAUUUUUAUAAAUUAAUAGUUGUCCAUGUUGGAUUUGCUGCAGACCUGUUCAGUUUUUUUUAGACCUUGUUUGAUCAUCCUUGUGCUGGAGGCAUAAUGUGCAAGGAUAGACCACAACAUCCAUGGAGGAAGCCUCAGCACAGGAACAUUCUCUUCUUUUUGCUCUUUGAUAUGCCCACCCACUCUAUGACCUUAGUGUCCUGUUGUCCUUUAUCAUUCUGACGAGUUCUCUUUCAAACAUUCGUUCAGUAUCUCACUAUGGGAAUCGCCUCGGGCGUGACCAAUCUUGGAAGCACCAAUUACACCACGUCUGUUGGUUGACAGACCAAUCACGAUAGUGAUGCGGGAGUCCCGCCUCCCUCAUAUAUAUAUCGCUGCUAGCGGUCCCUACAUCAUUCUCGUUCUCUUCCCCGUGAAGAUCCUUAUUGGAAGCUAUCCUCAGCAGAUCCUCAUAAGAAUUGCCGCUUAACUGUUCACGGGCGAGUCGCAUUUUAGGUACGUCGCCGAACGCGGCUGCUUUUUGUUUUGGGGGGGAAAUAUUCUCUGUCAAAGUGAAUAUUUUCUUUCUGCUAUAUCUAUAUCUUUGUGGUGUGAACCAGUGCAUGAAGCACUCUUAAUUAUUCCUUCACGUUAAGGGAAUAAUUGCUGUAAGACCCGAUAUCGAGAGGCACAUUGUGGUGAUCUCGUUAAUCUCCCGGAGUUUUUCAUCUCUGUUAUGGCGACUGCGAGCCCAUCCAGUGGCACAGCGAAGGGAAAAGAUCCCUCUCGCCCGUGUGCUUGCGGGUCUAUGAUUUCGUCUAAAGACUCAUAAAGAUGGGUUAUGCAAGAGAGAGGACGAAGGUUUACACGUGUUCCCAUUUGAAAUAAAUAAAAAUGUUUACUGUGCAUCCAGUUAGUGGGCCAAGGGCACAGAUUUGUGUGAAAAUAAAAACAAAAAUACACACAAAUACUCCCAGAUCAGAGCUGCAACCCCCAGAUCUGCAGCUAGAUCAUAGUGCCACACCAUCAGUGAGCGAGAGCUGCAGCGCAUGCGCAGUACACCCUUGGGUAUUAUCUAUGAUAGAAUGGGGUUCUAUUUUUUUCUCAACAGUGUGUUAAUGUCAACAGCAGAAGGGGAGUCAGCUCGGAUUUUAGAGGAGAAAAUAAUCUCUUUAUUGAGUAAAAGAGUAAUUCGGGUGGUGCCACGGGAGGACAGCCAGCACGGCUUUUACUCCCGGUACUUUGUCAUUCCCAAAAGAGGGAGGGGGGGGUCUCUGUCCCAUUCUGGAUUUGCGGAACCUCAACAAACACCUCAGAAAGUACAAGUUCAAAAUGCUCACAAUAAAAACAUUAUACAAUGUUAUUCGUCCCAGAGACUGGUUUACAUCAGUAGAUGUGAAGGACGCUUUUUUGACAGUUCCAUUCGGUUUGGCUUUAGCCCCAAGAACUUUCACAAAAUGUGUUCGAGGCGGCUCUAACACCGCUGAGAAUAGCGGGUCUCAGAGUGUCAGCUUAUUUGGACGAUCUCCUCCUCUCUACUCCGUCAUAGCGGCAGGCGGAGAUUGAUACAAAUCUGCUUGUCUCAUUUAAAAGGCUUAGGCUUCAAAAUAAACGAGACGAAGAGCUGCUUAGUGCCCACGCAAGAAAUAAUUUUCCUGGGUCUCAGGCUGAACUCAGACCUGUAUCAAGCGUUUCUAUCAGAGGAGCGCAUCAGGUCAAUUCGUGGUUGUCUCUCCCUUUUCCAGAGAGGGAAAAAAGUUCUAUUCAGACUGUUUACGUCUUCUAGGGCUGAUGGCCACGGCAGUGUCUGUCAUCCCAUUUGGGCUGUUGCGAAUGAGUGAGUUUCAGUGCUGGGUAGCAGCACAGCGCUUAUGUCCAAAGCGCCACCUCAACCACAAAUUGAUAGUGUCAUCACAUUGCCUGCGAGCUCUCUGCUGCUGGAGAGAUCGCGCUUUUCUCGAAUCAGGGACUCCGCUGGGAGCGAAUUCUCUGAGAAAAGUAGUAACUACAGAUGCGUCACACACAGGUUGGGGUGCAGUGUGCGAGGGCAGAAUAGCGCAAGGGAAAUUGCCUGCCUCGCUACAGAACGCACAUAUAAACUUCCUGGAACUGUUAACAGUGUUUCUAGCAUUGAAACAUUUCAUGCAGUUCCUACGGAAUCACCACGUUUUGGUCAAAUCGGACAACACAACGGCGGUGGCUUAUAUAAAUCGCCAGGGGGGGAACACGUUCUCCUCAACUUCACAGUCUAGCAUAAACUCAUGGUGUGGGGCACCAUUUUGACAUGAAGCAUUUUCAUCCAUUACGGGCGACUCGUGUCCCGGGAAUAAUGAAUGCGGGGGCAGAUCUCCUGUCCGGGGGAAUCCUCUGUAUGGGGAAUGGACUCUCCACCCUCAGGUAGUGAACCAGUUGUGGGAGAGGUUCGGCCGAGCUGCCGUAGAUCUCUUCGCCUCGCACGAAAAUACUCAUUGCCCUCUAUUCUUUUCUCUGGCGAGAGACUGUGCACCUAUGGGUCUGGAUGCUUUGGCUCACCCGUGGCCAAGCGUACUGCUUUACG